UCUCAAACUAAUAAAAGCCCAAACUCAGCUCCAAACAUCUUCAUGCAGAUGUUAGCAGAAAACAACUUAUAAAAGCCCAAAUUCGACACCGCCUUGAGGCCCAACCCAAACAAGACCUAAGUAUGUGUGUCCGUCUUCUCUCUCUUCCUCCCCUGUAGUCAUCUCUCUCGCUGCGACUGUCGAACCUCUCUCUGUCUCUGUUCCUCUUCCCUUUGUCUUUUCGUCGGUGACCAACUCGCCGGCGCUAAGUGGUUUAUCUUGUCGGAAGUAGAAAAUAGGAAAAGCUAGUCGUUUUUCCUGGUUUUAAAAGAAGAGUCCAAGCUUUAUCGUUAUAAGUUGCUGCUAUUGAUUUAGUCAAGGAGAUGGGGAAGGCGAAGAAAGGCCCUAAAUUUGCAGUCAUGAAAAAGGUCAUAACUUCGAAAGCUAUUAAAAACUACAAAGAGGAGGUUUUGAACCCAAGUAAGAAAGAUCUUCGAAAGGAUAAGCUCCCAAGAAACGUGCCAAAUGUUUCUUCCGCGCUUUUCUUCAAACAUAACACUGCAUUGGGACCGCCUUAUCGGGUUUUGGUUGAUACCAACUUCAUAAACUUCUCCAUCCAGAAUAAAUUGGAUCUGGAGAAGGGUAUGAUGGACUGCUUGUAUGCAAAAUGCACUCCUUGCAUUACAGACUGUGUAAUGGCUGAGCUCGAAAAGCUAGGUCAAAAAUACCGUGUGGCGCUAAGGAUUGCUAAGGAUCCUCGUUUUGAGAGAUUACCCUGCAUUCAUAAAGGAACAUAUGCUGAUGACUGCAUUGUUGAUAGAGUUACCCAGCACAAAUGCUUCAUUGUUGCUACGUGUGAUCGAGAUUUGAAACGAAGGAUCCGGAAGGUACCUGGCGUGCCAAUCAUGUACAUCACUCAGCACAAGUAUUCAAUUGAGCGGUUGCCAGAAGCAACAAUUGGUGGAGCUCCAAGAAUUUAAAAAUUGGGAUGUUAUCCAGCCCAAUGAAGCAAAAUACCCUCUGUUGCUGGUUGGUGAAAUUUUGACCAGGCGCUAGUUGGAGUAUCCUUUUUUAUUUCCUUCUUUUCUAAACGAGAAAGUCGACAAGUAGCUUUUGUAUAACAAUGCAUUUCCUUAUUUUACUCCCCUUAUAGUUAGCUUUAUUAUUUGUUUUGUAAUAUUAUUCAAUUAAUAUAUGAGUUUUUAUCAUA